GGGUGGAUUUGUGACGCUGUCAUGACAGGCAAAAAAGGAAGCUGGCUCAUAUGACAAUUUCAAUUGCUUUGUCGUCGCGUCCUCAAACAGUUUGAAUGAGAAAGCCAGAGGUCCCGCCCCUCUGACCUUUUCAAAUGGGAAGGAGGUGAGGGGAGAGCACGCAACUGGGCACUUGAGAUUCUUCCCUUGAUGCUUUCUACUCGAGUCCUUUAUACACAGAGUUGCGUUGACACAGUACAGAGCAAGCACGUUUUUCCGUGUCAGCCAAGGCAGCAUCGUGUCUUUGUGCUACAGGAGCGACUCAGACAGAAUCAUAGACAUUGAAUAGAAAAAACAACGCAAGGAGAGACACAGACAACAAGCUAAAAUCUGUGUCCCCACAGGAUCGAGCAAUGUCUAGUUUAAAGAAAAGAAAUUCGAAUUCGUCAGUCGACCGGGAUGUGGAAGACAAGGAGGUUACGGAGAAGAUGCUCUCUCCGGCCGGAGGGGAGAAUGGAAACUCGAGCCGAACGGGAGGCGCACCAGGAAGCCCGGACAAGGUAUCUGUACCCGGCAAAGAUAAGGUUGUCCUAGAGAGAACCAUUACCCUGGUGAACGGCGUAGCUAUCAUUGUGGGUACCAUUAUCGGCUCGGGUAUCUUUGUGACCCCGACUGGAGUGGUAAAGGAAGCCGGGUCAGUCGGACUGUCCCUUGUUGUUUGGGCAGUGUGUGGAGUGUUCUCAACCAUAGGUGCCCUGUGCUAUGCUGAGCUGGGCACCACUAUUUCCAAAUCAGGUGGAGACUAUGCGUACAUCCUUGAAGUGUAUGGUUCCCUGCCGGCUUUCCUGAAAUUGUGGAUCGAGUUGCUCAUCAUCCGGCCAUCAUCGCAGUACAUUGUCGCGUACGUCUUCGCUACCUACCUCCUCAAGCCCAUUUUCCCUGACUGCCCAGUGCCCGAGAAUGGGGCGAAGCUGAUAGCCUGUCUUUGUAUCUUGCUGUUGACUGCUAUAAACUGCUACAGUGUGAAAGCAGCCACGAGGGUCCAGGAUGCCUUCGCUGCUGCCAAGCUCCUUGCCUUGGGCCUCAUCAUUAUUGUGGGCUUUGUGGAGAUUGGCAAAGGUGACACAGUCAACCUCCUACCAGAAAAUUCUUUCAAGAAUUCAAAUUACGAUUUUGGGAACAUUGGUCUGGCCCUGUACAGUGGUCUGUUUGCCUAUGGGGGCUGGAAUUACUUGAACUUUGUUACAGAAGAAAUGAUUGAACCUUACAAGAACCUGCCUCGUGCAAUCAUCAUCUCCCUUCCCAUCGUCACUGUGGUGUACGUACUAACUAACCUGGCCUACUUCACUACUCUGAGCCCAGAUGAGAUGCUCAGCUCUGAGGCAGUGGCUGUGGACUUUGGAAACUACCACCUGGGCCCCAUGGCUUGGAUCAUCCCUGUGUUUGUGGGACUGUCCUGUUUCGGCUCCGUCAAUGGCUCUCUCUUUACAUCAUCCAGGUUGUUCUUUGUGGGCUCAAGAGAGGGCCACCUCCCCAGUCUGCUGUCCAUGAUCCACCCCAACCUGCUGACCCCUCUGCCGUCACUCAUCUUCACAUGCCUGAUGACGCUGCUAUACGCCUUCUCCAACGACAUCUUCUCCGUCAUCAACUUCUUCAGUUUCUUCAACUGGCUCUGUAUUGCCAUGGCGAUCAUUGGCAUGAUGUGGCUGCGCUACAAGAAACCUGAGCUGGAACGACCAAUCAAGGUGAAUAUCCUGCUGCCUAUCAGCUUCGUCCUGGCUUGUAUGUUCCUUAUCGUGGUGUCCAUCUGGAAAACACCUGUGGAGUGUGCCAUCGGCUUUGGCAUCAUUGCCACGGGAGUGCCAGUCUACUUUAUUGGCGUUUGGUGGCAAAACAAGCCCAAAUGGCUCCUUCAAUUAAUCUUCUCUUCCACGGCGCUGUGCCAGAAGAUGAUGGAGGUGGUACCACAGGAGUCCUAAAGUGGAGAUAAAUCGAUGAAGCCCUCGACACGGAAAACCCAGUAACUGCUCAUUUACCCUACCCCCCUGCACCCCUGCCCCCAGUGUACACCCUAAAUCAGCCCCUAUCAAUGUGUUCUUCAAGCACACUCCAAUCAUUCCCCCUGAUCUGCUGUAGUGAAGGAGAGCCAUGCUGCAGACUGGUUUACAUGUCAGAGCCCCUCCUUCAUUCCUCCGCACCAGGCAGGGGCACGGCCACCUCCACGCUACUCAUAGGCCGUUUGAUAAGUGCUGGGAUAUAUUCAGACAGGUUUUCACUGCAUAGUAUCCGUUUAAAAGGGCCAAUACAGUCAAAACAUGGUGAUCCUGUGUUUUAUAAUUCCAUACUACGAGGUUGGAAUAAUACUGUGAAAUUGUGAAAAUGAUCAUAAUGCCCUUUUCGUGAAGAGCUAUUUGAAAAGACUACC